GGUUAUAAAGUAGAUUUUACGGAUAAUAAAGUUACGAGUUGUGUUUUUUCGUUGUGUUAUGUAUUGUGAUAUAUUGUUUUAAAAAUGAGAAAUACAGAGUUAGAAAGUAUAAUUCUGACAGCAUUUAUUUGCUCGGUUGCUGUUAAAGUUGAUGCGGUGCAACGUUUUGUCGAAUUGCCGACGUAUACGGAGGUGAACCCGGGCGAGGACGCGCUGCUCAAGUGCCGGAUAUCCGACAAGAAGGGAAUCUGCUCCUGGCAGAAGGAUAACAAGCCAGUGGGUAUAUACCGUGGCAAGUAUGAGUGGGCGAAUGAACAUAGCGCGCUGGGCGGCGACUGUUCCCUGUGGGUGCGUGCAGCCACGCUGCAGCUCGACGACGGCCAGUGGCAGUGCCAGGUCACCGCUAGCAACUACGAUGUUCAGGAUGCACUCUCUAGUCCACCAGCCGCACUUGCUGUACGAGUCCCGCCGCAGUCGCCGAGGAUUCUCUUCAACGGAUCCCACGUGCUGCCGGGACAGAACAUCACGGUGCCCGCCGGCUCCAGAGCCACCGUCGUCUGCGAGGCCAGAUACGGCAACCCGCCGGCGUACAUCGAAUGGUACUUAGAAAAAGACCGUUUAACAGCAUGGAGUCAGACGAAUGCAUCUGAAGUGGAAAGACCGCGAGUGUGGGCGGCGCGGUCCGUGCUCGAAAUGGGUGCGACCAGAUCGGCGCACGGCAAGCAGCUCGCAUGCCGCGCGCACCAUCCCUCGUACCCCGCACCUUAUUAUAGAGACUCGUAUACUAUGCUAGAUGUUACGUUCGUUCCUGUCGUCUCUAUUCUCGGAGCGGACGCGAGUGGUCUCUCCAGUCUUGAAGAGGGCUCAAGCGCUCUGUCCUUAGACUGCAAAGCUGAUGGAAACCCUAAACCUUAUGUCUGGUGGACGAAAGAUGGUCAAAUAAUCGCUACUAAUGGACCUAAGCUGAUUCUAGCACCCGUUAUAAGAAAUCAUUCUGGUAUCUACGGUUGUCAAGCAAGGAACUCUCUAGGAACAUCUGAUUCAGUUAAAAUCGAAAUUGACGUUAAAUAUCCUCCGCGAGUUACCUGGGUCGGUCCUGACACGGUCGUGGAGGCGAAUCUAUUCUCGCAAGUCACACUGGACUGCAGGGCUGAAGGGAAUCCCGCGCCAUCAUAUCAGUGGUACCACAGUCCUGGUUCAAGAAACAUAAACAAUCUGCUAGAAGACGGUUACUUGAUAUCUUCAACACCUCAGCUACAACUCUACAACGUCUCGUACAAUCAACACGGACAAUAUGUUUGUGUUGCUAAGAAUUUCAUAGGACUUGAAGAAAGGAGCCAGCAGUCGUCACCGGUGACGCUGAACAUCUUGGGCCCGCCGGUGGGUCCGGACGCUGUGUCUGCGCACGGUUGGAGUGGCGGCGAGGCGCGCGCGCAGGCUUCAGUCUGCGCAGAACCGCCGCCGCGCUCCGCCGCCUGGCUAUGGGGCAGUCUGCGCCUCAAUGUACCCUCGCAUAUGGGUCGGUACCGAGCGCUAGAGGCGGAGAGCAUCGACGGCUGCUACCGGUACACGCUGGCUAUUAGCAGCGUGUCUGCAUCCGAUGCUCGUGUCUACGUGCUGCAUGUCGAGAACGAGCGAGGUGUCUCCUCGCACGCUGUCUCACUCACCGUACACGAUAAUUUUUCGCUAACAGAGACUGCGCACGUUGCGCCACUGAUCGCUGCAGCGCUGGUCAUAGCAGCAUUACUGGUGCUACUGCUGUGCCUCAUAGUGCGAUGUCGACGGAAGAGAGGUAGCGUCGAAUAUAAGACUGAUGAAUUAAACAGCGACGUGAAGGUGCUACCAGCGGACGCGGUAUACACGCCACAAUCGCACGCCAGCGUCCGCGGCUCGAUAGCUGGCAUGGCCCCUGCCCCUGGUGCUAGCAUGGCUCCUCCUCCUGGUGCAGGGGAGCGCGAGGGGCCACGGUACUCGCCUGGUGCGCUGCAGGUUCGCCGCGCCGCGCUCGUGCUGCAACCACCAACCACCGUGUGACCGCACAGGCAGCAUUAGCGUCGUUGGAAAGAGAAGCCAAAGAGAAUGUGUAUGCGGUUUUAGAUCCGCAUAUACAAUACGAUAU